AUGCAUAUUACUCCUGCUGUUGCAGCCCUGUGUAUCAGUGCCUUGCCCCAAGCUGCCCAUGCGACCACAUCUGAGACCUGCUGCUCAGUUUUGGGAGCCACGGCUCUGAAGAGCCAGGUCGUGUAUCCCGGCAGUGCUGCUUACAAGACAUCGAUCGGCUCUUACUGGGCCGAGAAUGUUCAGCUCGAGCCGACCUGUAUUCUGCAGCCACGCACGGCUCAAGAGGUUUCAUUCGCCGUUUCCACGCUCGUUGCUGCUGAUGGCGGAGCUUGCAAAUUUGCUAUUCGCGGUGGUGGCCACACCACCUGGGCGGGAGCGAACAAUAUAGUUGAUGGUGUGACCAUUGAUCUGUCGUUGAUGAACAACACCACGUACAACAAGAGCGCUGGCACUGCUUCUAUUCUUCCGGGAUCUCGCUGGGGAGGUGUCUAUGAAACUCUGGCAAAGGAUAAUGUGACAGUGCCCGGUGGCCGCUCUGGUGUUGUGGGCGUUGCUGGAUUUUUACUCGGGGGUGGCAAUACCUUCCACACUGCGCGUGUUGGAUUCGGUUGCGACAACGUCGUGAACUACGAGGUUGUUUUGGCUGAUGGAACGAUCAUCGAGGCCAAUAAGGAUUCCCACGCGGAUCUAUUCAAAGCUCUGAAGGGUGGAUCCAGCAACUUCGGGAUUGUCACCAAGUAUGAUAUGAAGGUCAUUGACGGCGACAAGCUUUGGGGUGGGAUCGUCACAUAUGACAAUAGCACUACCUUGCAGCACCUUGAGGCUGGUCACAAGUUCAUCAACAACCUUGAAAAUGACCCAUACGCUUCCUGGAUUGGCAUUUGGGGGUACCUUUCUGUCACCGACCAAAAUAUGGUUGCCAAUGCUCUAGAAUAUACCUCCCCGGUUGCUUACCCUGCGGCUUUGGACGACUUCAUAACUAUUACCAAUACUAGCAGCUCGAUGCGUAUUGCUAAUAUUUGGAACCUUACCCAGGAGCUGGGUCAGGCAGCUGGAUAUCGCGACAUUUUCCUCACAGCCUCGUUUGUGAACAACCUGGAUGUGAUGAAGCACACAGUCGAUAUUCACAACAGAAUGAUUGAGGAGGCCAAGGCAGGUGCCAAGGGAGAUGACUACACUAUGUCCACCAUGAUCCAGCCUUGGCCCAAACUGUUCACUGAUCACAGUACUAAACUAGGUGGCAAUAUGCUGGGCCUCGACCGUUUCGACGAGAACCUCUUCCAGGUCCUCUUUGACUAUUCGUGGAAGGAUGAGGCCGAUGAUAUAUUGUUCAACCAUCUGGCCAAUAAUGCUCUCGAGGAGUUGACCACCUACUCGAAGUCAAUCGGAGCCGACAAUGAGUUCAUUUACCUGAACUAUGCCAACAGCAACCAAAAUCCUCUGUCCACGUACGGCCCCAAAAAUGUGGAGUUUAUUCGGACUGUUGCUAAAAAGUACGACCCAACUGGUAUUUUCCAAACCCAGGUUCCCGGUGGGUUCAAGAUCAGCGGUGUGCCCAAUGAACAGGAAAUUGGGGAGGGAGAAGAGAAUUCGAGA